CUGCGGCGCAGGAGCGGGCGGGCGGGCGGCCAUGGCCUCCCCGCCGGGCGCCGAGAGCCGAGCGGACCCGGGCGAGCAGGAGGCGGCGGCGGCGUUGCAGGCGGAACUGGACGCGUGCCGCGCGCAGCUGGAGCGGGCGCGGCGGCGGCUGCGGCGCACGCAGCGCCUGUACCGGCGGGAGCGGGAGAGCGGCGAGGCGCUCCGGAGGCAGGUAGAAGAACUCACUAAAGAAAUCCACAAUAGAAAGGAGAAAGAUACGUCUAGUGUGGAAGUGCAGACGGAGGACUGUGCUGCGUGGUCACAAGCAGCAGAUUAUUACUACUAUGAAAAUUAUUACAAUCACACUGAUAUUCAAGAUUGUGCAUCUGAGCUACCAGUGCAGCACAGUCACAGGAGUGAAGGCACUGAGCAUAAUUCCACAGAGGAAUUGGAGGCAGGUGUUAAUAUUCCACUGAGGAAGGAUAGCACCAGAGCUAGUGAAGGUGGAGAAGAGGAACAUUUCGUCGAGAAUUCACAGGUUUUUGGACUGUCUGGAGUUUUACCAGUUUUGAAAUCGGAGAAAGAAGAAACUUCAGUACCAGAAGGUUCUUUGGCAGAAAGCUUGAGAGCUGCUGCAGAGGCUGCUGUUUCACAAACUGGAUUUAUAUAUGAUGAAAAUACAGGAUUGUAUUAUGACCAUAGCACUGGAUUCUACUACAAUUCAGAAAACCAACUGUAUUAUGACCCAGCAACUGGAAUUUAUUACUAUUGUGAUGUGGAAAGCGGCCGAUACCAGUUUCACUCACGAGUGGAUCUGCAGUCUUACCAGGCCUCUGGUACCAAGCACACCAAGGAUAAAAAGGGGAAAAAGAAGAGAAAAGAGCCAGAGUGGAUUACUGCAGAUGAGUAUAAGGAUUUGGACACAGAAGAGCAGAAAUCAUCUAACAGUCUGAAUUGCUUUUCCAUCACCGAGCAAGUAAGUUCUACUGAAGAAGAUGAGUCUCCAAAUGUAAGAAAGAAGACUAAAACGGACACAAAACCACUAAACAAUCUAACAGCCAAAGAAUCCAUUUCUACAGAUGGUAUAAAUACACAUUCGCACAAAAGUAUACCAGACACUGCAGCAUAUACAGAUGACAGUAGAACAGCAGACACAGAGAGUGAACCAGAAGAAGGUGAAAUUACAGAUUCUGAGUGUGAAACCUACAGUGAGGAGGAAUUAACAAGUGAAGAAACUGAUGAUUCAGAAUACUCAGAAAAUGAAGAUGAAGAAAAGAUCUGGCCUCCUUGUAUCAGAGUAAUUGUAAUAAGAUCACCAGUUCUGCAGACUGGGUCACUUUAUAUUAUCACUGCUGUGAAAUCUGCUACAAUUGGAAGAGAAAAAGAUGUUGGACACACGCUUCAGAUUCCUGAAGUUGGAGUCAGUAAGUUUCACGCAGAAGUGUAUUUCGACCAUGAUCUGCAGAAUUAUGUUCUUGUGGAUCAAGGCAGUCAGAAUGGAACAGUUGUUAAUGGAAAUCAGAUACUCCAGCCUAAAACAAAGUGUGAUCCCUACAUCCUGGAGCAUGGAGAUGAGGUGAAGAUUGGCGAAACUGUGCUUUCUUUUCAUAUUCAUCCUGGCAGUGAUACUUGUGAUGGAUGUGAACCAGGACAAGUUAGAGCACAUCUUCGCCUGGACAAGAAAAAAGAGUCUUUCGUUUGUCCAGCACUUAGCAAAGAAGAGAGAGAGCUAGUCAGAAGAAAAGCAUUAAAACAAAUACGGGUAAAAUAUGGUUUACAGAACACAGAAUAUGAAGACAACAAGGCAGUGAAAAAUCCGAAGUACAAAGACAGAGCAGGAAAACGCAGAGAAACUGUUGGAAGUGAAGGAACCUUUCAGAGAGACGACAGUUCAGCUUCUGUUCAUAUUGAAAUCAGCAACAGCAACAAAGGACAUAAAAUGCUGGAGAAGAUGGGAUGGAAGAAGGGGGAAGGUCUGGGAAAGGAUGGUGGUGGCAUAAAGGAUCCGAUCCAACUGGAGUUACAUCAGAAGCAUGCAGGUUUAGGUACUAGGAGACCGGCCUCAAUUGAAGACGUUCAGCUUGUCCAGAGCAAGAAUAAAAAGAACUGGGAUAAAGCAAGAGAGAGGUUUGCUGAAAACUUCCAAGACCCUAAAUCACAAAGGGAUACAGCUAAGAGUACACUUUGGGUUAGAGGGACUGUAGACUGAACUAUCUAGUCCCACAGCAAGGUAAUUCCUGAGUAUAAAUAGUUGGGAGAGAAUUUAUUUUUAUUCUUUUUGCUUUUGCUAAAGCAGGAGUUUGGUUAUAUGUAAAAUACAGUUGUGGAAAAAUUUAAUUCAAGAUUAACUCUGUUAUGUUAAUUGGUUUUCUGUAGUCUUCAUGCUUUUAUACACAUUUUUAAUACAAUAUGAAUGGAGUUCAGAGGGAUAUUCAAAUUUAAGUACUUGAAAAUUAUUUUCAUCAGAAACAGGAAUCUUUCAUUAUGUUUUUACACUUCACAGAAAGUUACGCAAAACAACUGUUACACUUAAAUAUGAUACCUUUAACACUUGAACAGUGGUUUAAAAUCAAGGUGAAAAAAUAAAUCCCCCAGAUCCCUAGUAAAAAAAAGUACCAUAUUGCUGUUUCUUCAUGUUUGCCAUUAAGUGCUCAACAAGAGACACACCACUCUUAAAUUUAUACAGUUCAGUACUAGUGACAGGUCUCAGCAUACAUUGGGCAAAGGAAAAGUGGGGGGGAAAGCUUGUUUUUAAAUGAUUCAUCAUUACUGUUCAAAAAUACCAUACUCCAUGAAAUAAACUACCAGCAUUAGUGAAGAAAACAAUGUUCAGAGACAGCUUGUAGCAAAAUUUUCUUCUGUGAAGAACUUGAGAUUUGUUUAGUAAAUCUGUAUCAUGCCUUUACAACAGGAGGUAUGUUUAGAAAACUGCUGUCUGUUUGUAUUUAUUAACUUCUUUUUCUGAUACAUCCAUUGCUGGCAAUGGAGUUUAUGCCAGAAAAAAACAACACAAAGAACGGAUUUUUAAUGGGGAAGGAUUUCCAAACUGAAGCUAAAUGAUUGGUAUUUACUGAAUGUUCCUAAACACAAUAAAUCAUUGUCAAUUUAAGCA